UAGAAUAGACAGACACAACCCUCCAUUGUUUCAUAAAAGAAAGAAAUGCCAAGUUUUGGGGUUUUCUCAAUUGGAGGAUGUAUCGAUGGAUGUGUUGAUCAAGUGAUCAAGACCUCAGGAUUUGGAACAAGAAUCUGGAACCUGACAGACAAACCACUUGAAUUGCAGAUAAGGGUAGGAUCCAUAUUGAAGAAGGGCUACACACUCAAGCCAGGUUCUUCAAAGAGACUGAAAUGCAGAAGCAUUUACAAGGCUUACAUGCCUAGUGUUGGUGGUGGUGGUGGUAGUGAAGGGACAAAGAGCUUGCUUUACUACUAUGAUGAGACAUGUCACCCUUAUGUUUGGAUACAUGACAGCUUGAGUGACUUCUCAAGGAUAGUUAAGCAACAGUACAUCAGCCUUGAGGAUUUGAGAGAUUACUCUGAGAUCAAGAUCUUCAGAGACCAUCAGAGAGGCUGUGUCUUGGUCAGAAAGAAACCCAGGCCAGAAUUUUGCUGACCUUACCUUACCUUGCCCACAUAUAUAUAUAUAUAUAUAUAACCUUUCCUGUAAGUAUCCUGUGUUGGAAAUUAUAUGUAUCUGAAACUCCUUUUCUUUUGCUGCUGCUGCUUAUUCUUCAACUGCAGGCCUUCUGUCUUUACUUUGUAAUCCAGAGAGGCUGAAUCUUUCAUGUAAACUAUGACUUUAACAGAAGGAAUAUAAUUACACUCCACA